AUGAAUUGGGGCUUACUCGCCGGGUGGUACGUCACCUCGUUUACGCUGGCUUUUAUCGCCUUGACUAGAUUCAGUGUCAUCGUGUUGAACUGGUCGAACCUGUCGUUUUGGGUGGCCGCCUAUGCGAUGGUGGCCAUCUACAGCGUAUCUUGGGCCAUGUCAGUCGUCGCGCAAUUUGUGUUCCCGUGUUGCCAAAUGGUGAUGCAUCCAUUCAAUUAUGGCUAUGGCUACGUGGAAAUCGGCAACUUGACGAACACGAGCAACUCGUAUUUUGAUUUUCCGCUGAACAACGCUGUGUCGGCGAUCACUUUGGGUUGCUACACGAUGAUUAUCCUCAAGCUCAUCUACAUGCGCCAACGACACGGUUCAAAGAACGGACAGCUCAAGGGCGCCAAGGAGUACACG